CCUCAAUUUUCUUGCAACGACUAUACCUUGACCCAUCGGACCAUCUCGAGUUCUCGAAUCUCCAAGCAUCCAGCGCAGUGGUAAUUACAUAGUAGACAUGAGCUCACCCUGCUGAUGGAACGAGCCCCUGACCGAACCCCGGACCUGCAUGGGACUACACUGGAUUGGCUUCGUUUCCGACUCCGACGUUACUCCCCGCCCGUUUCGUCUAAAACGUAGUCUUUUUCUUUUCGCUUCUCGAUGACUUCGACUUUGCAAUAUACCCUGUUUCCGGCUCCAAAGUUCCACCCUCCCUACCAUGUGCUGCAGACGGGUACGCACAGCAGAGAGCAUAGCUUGACCAGCUCGUCAACCACCAGGCCUCCGCAAUUGUUGUGUCCCAGUCCCGACAUGCCGUCCACCUCGACCACCACGUAUCUCGACACCACCCUCCACACUCUCCCGCCCUCUCUCCCCUCGCCGACCUUCACCAACCCCGACCUUAUCCUCCCUGAUAUAUCCCAUCUUUCCCGCUCCGCAUCCACGCCGUCUCCACCCCCAUCCGCCGACCUCCCACCGUCGCCGUCGCAUCUGGUGCGCCAGCUCAAAUCGCAGCCCUCAACUCUCUAUAACGCGCCACGGUCCGCUGCCCCCGCGCCACCCACCACGUUCAACUUCUCGUUCGGUGAGCGACGGAGCCAUUCCGCGCUGGGAGUGCGCACGCGGACGCCAUCUGUCGCGCGACCGGGAGGACGACCCCUGAGCGACAUCGAGGAAGUGGACGUCGCCAAUCCUCGGGGGUUCGCCGGGCUUCCGGUCCGGACAGGGGUCGCGUUCGAUCCCAAUUCGACAUCGCGCGAUGCAACCAACGGCGCGGAUCAGGGAGCAAUUAGAAAUGGGUUUGCGAGCGGGUUUUGGAAGGCGCGCGAGGAGAGGUUGCGGGAAUCAGAGGGCGCGACGGGACAUCAGAGGGCGCUGAGCGAUGCGUCGAGCUCGGUGCAUAGCGAUGAUCUAGAGAAUAUGGAGUGGCCGGGUUUUGACAGCAUGGUUGAAGAAGAGGAUGAUAAGAAUCCCGCCAAGGAGAAGCCGUCGAAGCAGGUGAAACCGUCAGGGAGCGAUGACGAGGCGGAGUGGAGCGAUCCGCAGAUGCGAGGGGACGAGGAUGAUGAGGAUUCGUCGGCGAGCUUGAGCAGACGAGCGGAUAUUAUCCUGGCUAACGCGAAGAAGAGGCUAAACCUGAUGGAAGGCAAUCUUCGCGGCGCGCGUCACUCUCUUCUGGUCACUCCCGCGAGGUCCUCGAGCCCAAACCAGCCUCUAUUCAAUCCCUCCCGACAUUCAACAAUCGGACCUUUGGGGAACAAAUCUCGUCAAUACUCCUCCCCACUAGCAACAAGCACAGCCUCCCAGCGCCAUUCCCGUGUUUACAGCGAAACCAUCGUUCCUCCCCUCCCCUCCCCAACGCACUCUCCGCAGAACUCCCGAGGCAACAUUGUUAAAGAGACAAGGUCGACCAGCGCGCUGGCGGCAUCCUCAAUCGACUCGUUCAUGGAUCGGAACCUUGCGAUCCGUAAUGCUCGAAGCCACGAAGUCAUGCGAGAUAGCCGGCUACGCAACUGGGUUAUGAGCGAAGAUCGCCAGUACCAUACCUCGACUCCGUCUUCGCCACCACCGGCCCUCCCACAGCUUCAGUAUUCUUCGAAACCUAGCAAUUCGAGUCUCCGUCAUGCCCAAGAACCGCUACCGGAGUCAAAAGACGCCUACUCCCCUCAGGUGCAAUUGACUCCGUCACCUGGAGCGCCAGCGGCUCCGACCAAGGCUUCUUCAAAUAAUACCUCUCAUCCUCGCGUUUCUCAUACCCAUACCUCAUCCACGACCAGCACCGCCUCCUCUCUGCAACUUCAAAUGCAAGAUCUCAAGGGCCGGAUCUCCUCGCUCAAGCGGCGCGCUGCCGAGGAGAAAUCCAAGCGCUACAGCCUACAGGCCGCGCGGACUCCAUCCCCAAUCAAUACCGCCGAGACGUGGUAUCAAAGCGCCGAGACCUACCGCAGCGGGACCUGGGGCAUUGGGCAAGAUGCCGGGAUCGGCUGGAGUAUGAGCACCGCGGGAUUCCGGCCCGAAUCGGCGAUGAGCGGGACGCAAGGGGAGAUGACGGGACCGCCGGUGGGCGUGGUGACGCCGGCGGCGCAUUCGCGGCAGACGAGCCGAUCGGGCGUCAGCUUCCUCGAGGAUUCGUCGAUCGAAGUGAAGAGUCAGGUGGGGAGUGCACAGGGCUCCAAUGUCGAGUCCGCGGGAGGGUCGGCUGUGAAGGUCGGGGCAGCGGAGGAACGGCCGAAGACGGUGGUCGAGGUUGGGGGACGGAUGUUUCCUUUGAAGAGCGGGUCGAGCCGGUCGACGUCGAGAAGUUCGUCUAAGCAGCCCCUGAUUAUAGCGGCGCUAGCUGCGCCCGAGGUACAGCUGCCUUCGUCCGAAGUUCAGGAAGAGGUGGUGGAGGAGACCGAGCAAACGGCUGAAAAAGAGACCCAGCAGUCAUUCCUUGAUGGUCCAGAGGAAACUAGAAGCGAUUCUACUACGAUAUCAGUCGAAGAAGAACCGCCCACCCUUCCUGUAUCCGAGCCUGAAGUAGAGGUCGAAGUCGAUCAAGAACAAGACGAUCUUGAUGAAGACACAGCUGAUGAAGACUCUGAAUCGGAGUAUGAAUCAGCAUACGGAGAUCCGCUUCACUCCGACCCUCUCAAUGGCGAAGAGGACGCACUGGCCCUUCUUGACGCAGAGGAGGCCGAGCAUGGCGGGCCUGUCAUCGCACCACGCCACGAAGACCGUGCGGAUGCAUUUGACUAUGAAAAUUUUUUCCUGCAUUCCGCCAUGGGCACCUACUCGCGAGAGCGGAGAAACAGCAGUGACAGCUGGCGGAGCGGUAGCGGCAGCGAGAGCGACACUGGAAGCGAUGGCACUGCCCGAGCUCCCAGUGUUAGGGGCGAUGUGGAAGCUCGAGAGACUGAGAGCGACCACUCCACCGAACCACCGACUCCACGCGCCGUCCCGCCCCAACCCGCUCGCCCUAUCACUGCCAUCUUCACCCACGUACCCGGAAGCAGUCCCACGAAGCCAGGGUUAACUCCUUCCUCCACCCUUGCCGCGCAAGACCCGUUCCCACUCCUUCCCCCACAACCCAACUUCCUCCACGAACGCUCUCCCUCCGGCGACUCCAUCUCCACCCUCGCAACCUUCAUGACUGCCACCGAAGGCAACGAGUCCGACGAUGACGACGCAAACAACACCCUCGACGCCAUCGCCCGCGACACAUUCGGCCUCGGCUGGUCGGCGCCUCAAGCCGCCAGCGCGCCCGCCCCUCAUCCCACCACCACCAACGCCCAAGGCGAAACCACCGUCCAAGGCGGCCGUGGCAACGCCUGGGCCCAGCGCCGCCACAACUCCACCUCCCCCCCCACCAUCGCCUCGCCGCGCCGCAGCCCGACGCAAAACCUCCACCAUCCACUCCUCCCCGCGUUUCAGUCGCCGGGGAAACCCGCUGCGCCGCACGCAGACCACCAUAUGCCUACAGCCGCGCAGUCGCCGCGCGCGAUCCCCCUCCCGCCCUCCCCGCAGCACUCACCCCCAGCCGCGCGCACGAACCUCAUGGACCAGAUCCCCGUGACGUUUCCGCUGCCGGAGGCGCCGCCGAUCAGCACGGAGGAACUGGUGGCGGUGAUGUUGGGCCCGGGCGGGUCGUGGGAGGGGGGAGAGGGGGAGCGGGAGGCGUUGGGGAUGUUGGUGGAGGGGAUGAGGAGGGCGGUGGGGGAGUUGGGGGGGUUGGUGAGGGAGGGAAAAAGGGAGGGGGAUUAUGAAAGGAAGGAGUGGAGGAGGAGGGUGGCGUGUGCGGGGGAAGCGUUGGGGGAGAGAAGGGAUGAGGUAUUAUAG